GUAAAAAUCAACUCGUGGCUUCUCGGUACCGAAACACGUGAGGCGUUGACAGAUCAACAAACAACGGUUGAGACCAAACAAGCGCCAAUAUCCGAGGGUUCAAUACAGAUUCGGUCGACAGUCAAGUAACCGCCCCAUCAUAACCCGGCGGCAACGACGACGAUGACUGCCCCCUCAUGACUUGCAGCUCCUGCCGUAUCGCAGCGAUGUCCGCUCGUAACGACGCCCUUGAGCUGCGGCUGUCUCGUCCUCUGCUCUCCCGUCCUAUGGCACCUCCGUCUCGCGGCCCUUCUUCCCUACUCUUCCCCGACCGAUGCGGACGCUGCUCCCCUCUACUUGGAGUGCCACUGACUGGUCCUCCUCGCAGCUCUGAUGUCGCGUCGCUGCGCCGUGGCUGUAGCAGCUGUUCCCCUUCAAGCAGCGUCUCCUCCACCGCGAUCCGCCGCUCGAGCGCGGCGACCCGUGCCUGCAGCGCACGACGCGCCCCUUUUGGUCCAGCGGCAGAUGAGGACGAGCUAGCCUGCGACGCGAAUGGACUUGCCCGCGACGUGAACGGAUUUGCGCGCGACUUCAAUGGACUUGACUGCGACGCCGGCGCUAGAUGCUGGCUCGACUUCGACGUCAAAACCUGGUUCGCUGUCAAUGCCAGAGAGCUGUUCGAUGCCGAAGGUCGUAGUUCAAGGUGUGUGGCCGAAUUCCGGCCGCCCGGUAGAGAAUUUGCCUGAGAACCAUCAUGUUGCGACCGGUGAGAAGAUCGUGGCGGCGCAGAGCGGAAAGGUGGGAGCAAAGGUUGUGGUGUCGACGCCUCCCGCUGCCUUGGGCUCUCACCCCACUGCCUUGGGCUCUCCUCCCCUCUUCCUGCACCCUGCCCCACAGGGAUCAACAUGAAAGGUCGCGCGGCGCGCUCCGCCUCCCGACACGCCCUCAACUUCCGCCGCCGCCGCCAUACGCACACGCACACUGCAGCAAGGAAG